CAUUCAGUGUUCGUUUUCCUUUGCGGAAAAUGGAUCAUUUUAAGUUUAUAAUCGGUGCUUUAAUUUAUUUGUGCAUGGUGCAAUAUUCGAAAGGAAUAACGACUGUUAGCCAAAAAAAUAGUGGAAAUGGUAAAAUGGAAACCUACUGUGUUACAAACAAUGAAAGCGAAACUUUAAGUUGGAUAACACCGUAUGAUAAAUCGUUUUAUAAUUUAAAAAGUGAUGAUUCAAGUGAUAUUACUGAAUUCCUUCCUAAUUAUUGGCUAUUUGAAAAUAGUUUCUAUUCUUAUUUAGGACCAGUUGUAGAUCAUAGAUGGCAAAAUUUCGAAACGUUUGUAAGUAAAAAUAAUCAAGAAGUAAAUAAAUAUUUGAGACAAAAAUUGGAAGAAUACUUUGAAUUAACGUUUUCUAUAAAAUAUGACGAGGAUGCAGAAAUGACAAUUUAUUCUUAUAAGAAUUUGAAGCAAACAAUAUCAUUUCAAAAUAAUAUACUAACAUCACAAAUAUGUUCAGAUAAAACUUCGAUCCAUUAUUGUGAUAAAUAUAAUAAUAUAAAAGAGAAUUUGGAAAGAUUUUCACAAUACAGUAAAUAUUCGUGGAAUCACUAUACUAUAAGAUAUAAUAAAGACAUAUAUACUUUGUUACUGAAUGGAAUAUCUAUAGCAGAAGAUUAUAUUCCUAACUAUGGUCUAAGUAGCAUUUAUAUGAAAUCGAUGAAAGGCGCAAUUUGGAAACUGCACAUAUAUGAAUAUUAUCGAACGGAUAGUACUGUAAAGGAAAUUUUGUUUUUGAAUGACAUACAGGCUUCUAACAAUAAGUUAUGCAUGUCCGCUUAUUUUUAUUUUGAUCAUGAAUUAAUAAUUCAAAUAAAACAAGAUAAAAAUAUCAUUAAGGAGAUCACAUUUAGAAAUGAAAAAAAAUGUUGGAAAUUCAUCAAAAUAGUACAAAAUGUGCAAGACGAUAAAAAACCAUACAUAUUUUGGUUAAAAUACAGAGAGCAGAGUGAUCUUCUUUUUAGUCAUAUUAAACUAAAUUCAGAUUGCGAUAUGGAUAUCAAUAAAAUUUAUACGGAAUUUCAUACUAGUCUAAUAAGUCAAGUUUCUUGCGAAUCUUUGAACAAUCCGAGUUCAUCCAUUACAAUAGGCGAUAGUAGCAAUUGUUCAAUCGAUAAAUUUGGAAACGACUGCAUCAAAUGUAAAUCUGUCUUUAACACGGAUAUUUGCGAGGAAACGCUGACCUGUGUAGAGACAAACAAAUGCUACUGUCAACCAGGAUACUAUGGAAAACAAUGCAAACCAAAAUGCGACAACCUGAAGACAAACGUAUUUGGAUCGAAUUGUAAUGAGAAAUGUGGUAACUGCAAAGAUAAGGCACAAUGUCAUCAUAUUACUGGAAACUGUCCGAACGGAUGCGAAAUGUAUUUCCUAGAGCCAUUCUGCAAUGAGAAUUAUCUGAAAGUAGUUGAGCUUUAUGGAAUCUGGAAUGAUGAUGAGAUUUUGAUGUUGAGGUGGAACAUACUUAAGGAUGAAGAAGGAAAAGAACGAGUAUUUCAAAUUAGUCAUGAUAGGAAAGACAUUGCCUUUGCUGAGACUCAGGAAAACUAUUACAAGGUGCAUUCAACAUUUAUUUGUCCACCAAAGAAGCAAUUUUCAGAGCUUGCAGUGAGGAGAAAGAUAGAUAAAGACGUAACUGAAUGGUUUAGAGUAGAAGUCGCAUGUCCUCCAUCGCCUCCCACCUUUGGUAAUAAUCCGAUUAUAGCAAUUCCUUUUGGUUCUUCUACGUGUAGUUUCAAGUUAAUGCUGCCUCCGUUCCUAAAUCCCACCAAUCGCAGUUUCAUAAGCGUCUUCGUUGAGCAGACAGAUUAUGAGGGAACGAAAGAUGAUUGCGAUCCGAACAAGUUGGGUCUGAAGACGACCUUCGCUCUUCCUUCUAUUCAUCUAGCUGUGCAUAUUAAACUCACCAAACCCUAUGACAUGUUGACCAUUGAUAUCGGUGAAGAAGAAGAUGCGUUAAUCUGUUAUGCAGAUUAG